AUGGGUUCGUGCUAAGGCUCUACGGUGGAUUUACAACAGGACUUGAGAAUGAGAGAAGUCAUGACCAAGUUUUAAGUUCCCAUGCCCUAUAUCGAUGAGUAUUAAAUAUUCUAGACUUUGAAAUAGGUUGAAAUGUAAUUACUCAAUAAUAUUCCCCUUUUAGCAUUCAGCAUAAUAGCAUCCCUCAUUUCGAUCUCAUUUACUCAAAAAUGGGCGAUUCAUCAGACAAAAUGAAGAAUCUUGUUAAAAAAUGGAGGAUGAAAUACCAAUAGCAUAAUCAUCCAAAUUUAUUGUCAAUUCACAAUGUCUCUAUUCUUGAGUCCAUGAAAUUAUUUAUACCAUACACUGACAUUAUACUCCUCAUAGACAAACCACUCCAACCUUUAACAAGGCAUAGGAAAGUUAUAAUGAAAUAGCCAUUUUCACAGGAUGAGAUAUUGUUUCUCUUAGAUUGCGUUGUCUCUGGUCUAGCAUUUUAAUAGUAGAACAAAAUAUAUCCAUCUGGAUUCGACAUUGAUGACAUCAUAACUGUCAAGACUCCAUUUAACACCGAAAUUUACAAAUUAGUAGACAGGUACUAAAAACCAAUUCGUUCCAAUUUAUUUUAAGAUUUCAUUUAGCUCUACGAUGAUAAGCAAAGUACUUAUAAUUUCUAUUCAUAACUUAGCACUCAACGAGUUGAAAAAAACAGCAUUCUUUUCACCUGCUUAGAUCGAAGCUAUUCCCAAAAAAGACAAGGUAAUUACAUAGUUUCUAUAUUUAUAGUAUCUUAAACACAAUAGGUAUAAAUCAGAUGUAUUCAACUUCGCACUUAUAAUGAUUUAUUUAAUAUAAGCCAAGCAUCCAGAAAUAUUUGAUUGGAAGAAAUGGACGAUCGAUGAUUUUGCUUUAAGAAAAUCUUUAGAUGAUCUUCAGAUGACAAAUUUUGAUGAAAAUUUAUUACACAUUAUCGAACUUAUGUUGACAAUCGAGGAAGAUAAUAGACCUGAUUUUUUGGAACUGGAUGAGAUGGUCAGUAAAUUAUUUUCAGAUCUCUAAAUCUAGCGUUUAUAAGAAAAAUAUUAAAUACAAGAUUUUUUUAUUAUACCAAUUGAUAAGCCAUCCGAAUAUAAUAAUUAGAUUCUUAUUGAUAAUAUGUAUCAAUACAAAUAGCAAUAAUAAUAAAUUGUAUCAUAAACUAUGUCUUAACACUAAAGAAAUGAUUCUUAAAAAAUAAAAUAAAUCGAUUAAAGCUAAGUCUCUAUUAAGCCUUAAAAAAAUGAAAUUAAUAACUCAUUUGAUAAUAAUAUAGUUGUAACAUAAGGGAAACUACAUUAUUCAAAUGGAUUUUAUUAUGUUGGUUAAAUUUGUAACAGAAGAAGACAUGGUUUUGGAGUUUACUAUAGUUCGGAUAAUCAGAAAGUCACUGAAGGCACAUGGAUUUUCGACAUUCCUGAAGGAGAUGUGAUACUAUAUAAUCAACCCGAGGAAGAGAAAGAGAGGAGUCACAAAAACAUGUCCAGAAAAGAUUGGGUCCAGUAUAAAGGGCAAAUGAAACAGGGUCAAAAACAUGGGAUUGGAGUUCUAUACUUUUCUGAUGGAUCUAAAUAUAUGGGCAACUUCUCUUUUGAUUAAGCACAUGGGAAAGGCCAAUUCGAAUAUUAGAAUAAAGAAUAAAUUAUCGGAACUUGGUAACAUGAUGUAUACAAUGGUUGA